CAACCAAUAACAGAGCCACAAACAAGACCUAUUCCUAGAAAAACAACCAUGGUUAUGGCUGCAAGUUCUGCUUCUGAUAUGUACGACAAUAAUGGAAAAGGCAAUCUAUUCAUCGACGGCGAAUGGAGAGAACCCAUCUUGAAGAACCGAAUCCCGAUCGUCAAUCCGGCUACUGAAGAGCUCAUUGGUGAUAUUCCUGCAGCUACAACGGAGGUUGCAGUCAACGCUGCUCGAAGAGCAUUUUCAAGGAAUAAAGGCAAAGAUUGGGCCAAAGCACCUGGAGCUGUUCGUGCUAAGUUUUUACGUGCUAUUGCUGCUAAGGUUAAUGAAAGAAAGACGGAUCUGGCAAAGCUCGAGGCGCUUGAUUGUGGUAAACCAUUGGAUGAAGCAGUAUGGGAUAUGGAUGAUGUUGCUGGAUGUUUUGAAUUUUAUGCUGAUCUUGCUGAAGGGUUAGAUGCUAAGCAGAAAGCACCAGUCUCGCUUCCCAUGGAGAGUUUUAAGAGUUAUGUUCUGAAGCAACCUCUUGGAGUUGUGGGACUUAUUACACCAUGGAAUUACCCCCUUUUGAUGGCUGUUUGGAAGGUGGCUCCUUCACUUGCUGCAGGGUGCACUGCGAUUCUCAAGCCAUCAGAGCUGGCAUCUGUUACUUGUUUGGAGCUUGCUGAUAUUUGUCGAGAAGUUGGUCUUCCUCCUGGGGUCCUCAAUGUUUUGACUGGUUUAGGAAGUAAGGUCAUGACAGCUGCUGCUCAGUUGGUGAAGCCUGUUUCUAUGGAACUUGGUGGGAAGAGCCCUCUCAUUGUGUUUGAUGACGUUGAUCUUGAUAAAGCUGCUGAAUGGGCUCUCUUCGGUUGCUUCUGGACAAAUGGUCAGAUCUGCAGUGCAACUUCCCGUCUUCUUGUUCAUGAAAGCAUCGCAUCUGAAUUCAUAGAAAAGCUUGUAAAGUGGAGUAAGAACAUUAAAAUUUCAGACCCCAUGGAAGAAGGAUGCAGGCUUGGUCCUGUCGUGAGCCAAGGACAGUACGAGAAGAUAUUGAAGUUUAUCUCAGCAGCUAAGAGUGAAGGAGCAACGAUCUUGCAUGGUGGUUCUCGACCUGAGAAGGAGUUUUUUGGGCCUGUUCUUUGCGUGAAAACGUUUGCCAGUGAGGAAGAGGCAAUUGAGCUAGCAAAUGACUCCCAUUACGGACUAGGAGCUGCAGUGAUAUCUAAUGACACGGAAAGAUGUGACCGUGUAAGCGAGCUGGGAUUGUCUGGAUUAACUGCUCGCAGCCAUGCUUUAACCCAAGCCCCAUGGGGUGGUGUCAAACGCAGUGGGUUUGGACGAGAACUUGGAGAAUGGGGGCUUGAUAACUACUUGAGUGUGAAGCAAGUGACUCUCUACACUUCAAAUGACCCAUGGGGAUGGUACAAAUCCCCAAACUAAGUAAUGAAUACAUUGUCAUGAAAAUGGAAACCAAACCAAAUGCUGUCUGUUCAAAUGUUUGUGCUUUUACUGUCAAGUCUGUCUAUUUUGGUCCUGAAACUCUAUUGUAAAACCUUUUGAGUUUAGGAAAAGACUAUGAAUAAAGAAAGAUGCUUUGG